AUGUCGGAGUACACCAGCAAACGCGGCUCCAGGACUCACAACAAAGGCCGCGGCUCCAGACCCACCGGGCGCAAAGUGGCCAGCAACAAGUUUGUGUCCGUCCGCCAAAUGAUCCCCGAGUUCGUGGUCCCACACCUCGAAGGGUUCCACCUGCGGCCGUAUGUGUCGUACCGCGCUCCCCGGGGGUCGGAGCCGCCGCUGACCGCAGAGAGCCUGUUCGACCAGACGGUGGCGCCGCAGAUCAGACAGGACUUUGAAGCAGGGACUUUCAGCAAAGAGCAGCUGCAGAAGUACGGCUUUGAACCCACGCAGGACGGAAAACUCUUUAGAUUAUUCCCCAAGAACUACGUCAGAUAA